GCUAGCUACGGAAGGAAAUUGAACGACGUAUCUGAGACGACUACUGCCAUUCCUUGGACAAGAUUUCCAUUUGUACCGAUUUUGUACUACAAGCAAGCAACUUGCCACCAUAUCGACGACCUCUUGAAAGCUACUGUUAGCAACAGAAGGGGGUAAGAAAGAACGUUAAACACAAGAAACAACGACAGUCAUCCGAAAUGGAAACCCCAUACCCAAUGGCUGCUCAACAGAUUCAAUUCUACCAAUAUCGUCCAGACACGGAGGCACGGCAUAACGCUGUGUUCACUCCCAUGCCGAGUGAGCAACCUAUGUACAGCCCCAUGGCUGGAUAUCCUCACCACUACAUGGCUCCUCAGUACUGGCAAGCACCCCCUCACGCGCACGCCCACUUUGUUCGGGGCCACUUUAUGCCACAGCAGAUGGUUCACCAUGCCCGACCAUCACCACCUCUGACGCUGGCUAUGCCGAUGCACAAGAUGUAUCUCGACAGCCAAGGCCAUAUGGAGCAUGGACACUACCUUGAGAGCAGGCACUCUUCACCUCCAACUCCAUGCCUUUCGGCUUGCCCAAGCACCGCCAGCAGCCCACUAGCCAGCAGCGUCAACCACACACCGGUGCACGCUGGAGGGUACUUCAACCUGCCCAUUGAACCAUCCAAAGAGGAGUUCCAGCCUCUGCCAUACUUGGAUGACUGGUCGGAGAACGGACAAGUGCACAUUUUCCCGCAUCCUGGUGAUGCCAAGCUCUUGCCCAGCAACUCCUUUUCCAGUGGCUGCACCUCGCCUUCUUUGGCCCCUGCAACGCCUCAAUCUCAAGUCUCGCCAACUUCUGCAUAUCCCGUCGCUGAAUUUGUCAACUUGCGCGAAUUGUCCUCGACCACUUUCGAGGCUGUCCUGUCGGCUCCCGCUCAGAGCUUCCCGCCUCUGCCCACCUUGUCCGCCGAGGACGACGAGCACAAAUUCGCUCUCGCCAACGCGUUCCCAAUCACUCCUGAGCAUGAUACGGCCGACCCAUUCAGUCUGUCCGAGAACCCUUCCUUCGAGUCAUCCUUCUGCACUGAGCUUGACUCUGAAGACGAGUUCAGCUUCGUGAACUUCACCGACCCCGAGAUCGCCUACAGCGGUGACAAGAGACAGAAGUUGUCCAUUGUUGGUGAAGAGGAGGACUUCCUCAGCGUACACAGCUUCGGCAGUUUUGAUGAGGAGGAACUCGCUGCCCACGCCGGCCUGCCUUCGCCUCCUGCCUCUUCCUUCUCCGACUCUGGCUCCUGCUGCGGAAACAAGAAAACUCAACGCAAGAUGAACCAGCGCAACGGUUCCGAGGAAAGUGACUUCGACUUCCAGCAGGCUGAUGGUCACAUUCACAGCCACACUGAUGGCCAGACCACCUCUCCCACCACCUCUCACGCCCAGCCAAGCUCCGCAGAUGACAACAACGCCUCGGGCAAUGUUGAUGGCUCUUCACAAUCAGCCCAUGCCAACCGCCGAGGCCGCAAGCAGUCUCUGACCGAAGAUCCUUCCAAGACCUUCGUCUGCACAUUGUGCUCGCGUCGCUUCCGCCGCCAGGAGCACCUGAAGCGUCACUACCGCUCUCUCCACACCCACGACAAGCCAUUCGAGUGCAACGAGUGCGGCAAGAAAUUCUCUCGCUCUGACAACCUUGCCCAACACGCCCGUACCCAUGGCAGCGGCUCUAUUGUGAUGGGCGUCCUAGAGAAUGGCGAGCUCCAACCUCAUCAACCUUAUGAUGAAGAGAUGGGUCAUGUUCUCUACGAAGCUGCCCAACGUGCCGCCCUUGCCACCUCAUCUAGCAGCAGUGGCUCGGAGUCUUCAUCAUCUGGAGAGAGCAAACGUGCUCUUAAGAAGAGAAAGCGAGACGAAUCCCUGUAAAUACCACCAGAUUUGAUUUGACGAACAAAAGAUCAUGAUA